UCCCUGCGCCCCGCCCGCCGCCGUCGCCAGUUCUCGGCCGUGGUGAUGGCGGUGCCGGUGCCGGUGCUGGUGCUCCUGCCAGCCGUCCUCGCGGGGCUCAUCUCGCUGCCCUCCGCCGCUGCCAGCAUCGCGCCUGAAUGCAGCAGGUAUGGUGUGCCUGGAUGUCCGAGGGACUACAAUCCAGUCUGUGGGACUGAUGGAGAGACCUACUCAAAUGAGUGUGUGCUCUGCGAAUCAAACAGUGAAAAUAAAAAGGAUGUCCAAAUUUUCAAGAAGGGAAGUUGCUGAUAUGACAGAUUGGAGGCUUUUGAGAAAAUGAGAAGGAAACACAAGCCAAUCCAAAUUGAAACGUCUUAAAUGUACCUUCUACAUAUCCUGUCUUAAUAAAUAAGUUUGCCUGUUUAA